UCUCCACCGAUCGGCCCAACGACCGCGGAGUGUCCGCGACCGAUGAACCCCGCGGGGGAGGUUUCGCCUUAACCGAGUGUCCGCCUGCGGUGAUGUUCCACGAACGACCGGGCGAGAAACAAGCGUGCGAAGGUCACGGCGCGGGACGGCCGGCGCCCGUCAGCGAGCACCUCCCGUCCGCCUCGCAAUGGCCCCGGUACAGCGUGUGGUGCAAUGCCGCGCUCGGUGACCGGUGUUCCGCGUAGUGGAGGGCACGCGUCACUCGGGACGCCAAGUCCCGUCCCGCUCCGCGACCCCGCGGCCGAGCGGCGGACGCGACAAAACGCGCGCGACGGGCGAGCGCGCGCCGACGGCGGCAGCGAAGACGGACGUAUACCCGCUGACCCCCGGCACGCCGUCCACAAAUGUCCAUCGACAGAGCCAAUAAAAUCGCCACUCCUCACCUCCAGGAUAUCAGCGCAAAAGACGCGGAAUCGCACGAGGCAAUCGCCUUCCCUGAACGAAGAUAAAAAAAUUUUUUUCUUUUUUUUUUUUGCUAUACAUGCGGUCGACAGGGGAGGCAACGCGCGCGAGCCCUGGACAACGGAGUAUUCUACUACACUUUGAUCUUAGCUCAGAGAGCGGAGAGACCGUCAGCUUGUACCACCAGGUACAAGUAACAAUGCCUCUCUCUGUAGUCGCCGUGCGCUCGGGAUAGCACUAGAGAUGUCGCUUCCGAACGACAUCUCUCAACGUUAUCUGGGGAGGGGAGGAGAGUGUCGUGAGCG